CACAUUCACGGCCUGCCAUGAUGCGAGUCAAGGUCAACAGUCGCACAAACACCACAGUGCUCCGUUUCCAUCUGGCCCGCUGUCGCGUGAAUUGGUCGUGGCAGUGGCAGGCGGAUCACCAAGCACACACAUCAUGUGUUUGAUGUGACAUGAACUCGGCGACCCGCUCCCCACGCCCCCGACCAACCAUGCUUCUCCCCCAACACCCCUCAGCUACCAUCACCAGGACCCUCACAACACUCAGAAAAGUGGCUCCCUCAUGUGAUGCCUUGGUCCGUCAUCGAUUCUUCGCUGCCGCCAUCGGCCAGGUAGGGAGCCGAUUGACAAGGCUGCAAUCGGCUCCCGACCUUGCUGUGAGCGACAUGAAGGAAUCGAGGGUAGACGAUAGCGAACGAUAGCACACACCUCCCCUCGGUCGGAAUCAACAAAGCGACACACGUAUGCAGUGACGCACGCACAACUGGUCAUAUGUGUGACUUCCUCAUCAUGCAAUUCACGUCACCCUCUCUGCUCGGUGUGACACGAAGCGCAUGAGAAGGAUGUCACGCAUAUGACCAAGUGUGCGUGCAUCUGCCUGCCUACAGCUACCUCAGCCUCUCUGCUUGGUAUGUGAGGAAAAGAAUCGACGGACAGACAACCGAUGGCUCCACAGCUCGCUCCGUGGUGUCCUCAGCAGGCGAGAAUCCUCUCAACGACUAAAUGGCCACCCGUGUGCUGUCUUGUCGCACUGUGUGGCGGGCGAUGUCCGACAACCAGCAGCAAAACGGCGUCCAUCCCGACCUGCAACACACACACACACACACACACACACACACGCGACAGGUCAAGCCACAUCACCAACACGAAGGCCAUGCAUCCAUGUCUGUCUGUCUGUCUGGUCACUGCUAUGGUCAGCAUGUUCUAGGCGGUUAUCCUCAGCUCCACGUUGGUGGAGUAGGAAGAAUAACGCACGAUUGGUUGGUUCAUCAUACAACAGGCCACUUCCUGACUGAUCUCUGACUGCAAGGCCACCCCACCCUCCUUCAUAGACGCACCUGGAGGGUCCUGGUGGCGCCACAACAACACAUGCACCUGAGAGAUGGGGAUGCAAAGGCGAUAAAAGGCAUCACAGUUCAUGGAGCGUGUGUGUGCGCAAGUGCCCACCGGAAAGAGAGGCGGCGUCACUCAGCAAGUGGAGAGGAGGACCGAAGGAGGGCAGUCCAUUGAUGUGAAGCCGUCGGGAGCUCCGCUUGACAAUGUUCAUUCCGCAGCGUCAUCCACUCGACAUCACCGCGUCGUCGGC